AUGAGCGACGAGCAGAUCGACGUCCUGCUGUUCGGUCUCGGAGCAAUCGGCUCCUUCUACUCCUUUAUCCUCAGUCGCUCGAACCGCGUCCGGUUGUCGGUCGUGGCGCGGUCGAAUUAUGAUGCUGUGAAGAGCAGGGUUUGUCUUUUACCUAGAUGUAUUGUACCUGGUUACACAGAACUGGCUGAUGAUGAAUAUGUUCAGGGUUUCAUUAUCGACAGCCAGAAUCAUGGCCGCCACACGGUGACUCCUUUCAAAGUCGUCAGAACCCCCGCCGAAGCAAACCAGACAUACGACUACGUCGUCUGCGCCCACAAGGCCAUCGACCAGGAGGCUGCCGUCGCGCAGCUCGCGCCCGUCAUCGACCAGGACCGGACGACCAUCGUGCUCAUCCAGAACGGCGUCGGGAACGAGGAGCCUUUUCGCAAGGCGUAUCCGCGUAGCACAAUCAUUACCUGUGUGACCUGGACCGGCGCAACACAAGUCGAGCCCGGCCUCGUCCAGCAUACCAAGAGCGAGAACAUGCAGAUCGGCCUGUUCCCCAACGACAGCGCCGACCAGUCCGUCGAGCACUCCCGCCUCGACACCUUUGCCAGCCUCCUCACCGCCGGCGGCACCGUUUUCCAGGCCAUCGACGACAUCCAGCGCCAGCGCUGGGAGAAAGUCGUCUGGAACGCGGCGUGGAACUCGCUGACGACGCUGACGCUGCUGGACACGCGGUCCUGGCUGGACUCGUCGCCCGAGGCCAUGCCCAUCACGCGCCGGCUGAUGCAUGAGGUCAUCGCCGUCGGGCGCGCGUGCGGCGUGUCGACGCUAGACGACGACAUCGUCGACAAGCUUAUCAACCGCAUCCUCGGCAUGCCGGGCAUUGGCAGCAGCAUGCAGACUGACUACAAGGAGGGCCGCCCGCUUGAGGUCGACGCCAUCCUGGGCUAUCCGUUCCGCAAGUCGAAGGAGCUGGGGCUGAGCACGCCGACCCUGGACACUAUCUAUGCAAUUGUCAUGGGUGUGGAUCGAAGAUGGGUUUGUCCUCUUAACCUCGUUAUAAUCGAAUGGAUUGAGAAAUGUACUAUCUCUGAUACUCGGCCUAGCUGGUAG